CCGCCCUGCCCGGCAGCGUGUGCGCCGCCAGCCGCCGCCCGACCUCCGCCCGCGCCUGUCCCCGCUCCGGGACCGCCGGGACAGCGUGAACAACCACCCGGGCCAGGGUGAAAUCGCGCCAGAGCGACGAGCGAACGAGCAGCCGGGAGAGGGUGAACCAGCACCCGGGCGAGGAGUGAACCCGCCAGCGGGCGCGCCCCCCGCUCGCCUUCCCUCCUCCCUCCCUUCCUCCUUCUCCCCUCUUCCUUCCCCUCCCUCCCCGUCCCUUCCUUUCUCCGCCUGGUGCCGCCACCGCCGAGGAGGAGGAGGAGGAACAUGGCGAAAGCGGAGCAGGUCCUCAGCCUCGAACCGCAGCACGAGCUCAAAUUCAAAGGUCCUUUCACAGAUGUGGUCACUACAAACCUGAAGCUCGGCAACCCCACGGACAAAAAUGUGUGCUUCAAAGUUAAGACCACAGCACCACGUAGAUACUGUGUAAGGCCCAACAGUGGAAUUAUCGAUGCAGGAACAUCAAUUAAUGUUUCUGUGAUGCUACAGCCUUUUGACUAUGACCCUAAUGAGAAAAGUAAACACAAGUUUAUGGUUCAGUCUAUGUUUGCUCCAGCUGAUACUUCAGAUAUGGAAGCAGUAUGGAAAGAAGCAAAACCGGAAGAACUCAUGGAUUCGAAACUUAGGUGUGUGUUUGAGCUACCAGCAGAGAAUGAUAAGCCUCAUGACAUAGAAAUAAAUAAAAUUGUAUCCACAACUGCAACAAAGACAGAUUCCUCUGUAAUGUCUAAAUCAAUAAGUUCUUCUUUGGAUGACACUGAAGUUAAGAAAGUAAUGGAAGACUAUAAGAGGCUUCAAGUAGAAGUUCAGAGGUUACGGGAGGAGAAUAAACAGUUUAAGGAAGAAGAUGGACUGCGGAUGAGGAAGGUACCCCAGACAAACAGCCCAAUAUCUCCUUCUGCAGCUGCUGUCAAGGACGAAGGGCUCAGCUCCAGACUACUUGCUUUGGUGGUUUUGUUCUUUGUCUUUGGUGUAAUUAUAGGAAAAAUAGCCUUGUAGAGGCAGCAUGCUGGAAAUUGUAAAUUGGUUUGAUGGUUCUGCCAUAUCAUUGGAUUAAAUUUAUUCAUAACAAUGUUUAAAAAAAAAAUUAAUGUAUGACAUCUCACAGGUCUUGCCUUUAAAUUACCCCUGCACAAAUACUAUGUAACAUAAUCUAGAAAGUUCAAAAUGUAUGGUGAGGGAAUGAAUGAAAGAGAAUAUGCUUCAAUGAUGAAGGGGGGAGAAAAUCCUGAUUUAACACUACAAUGGAAUAUUGUAUAUGUCAUUUUAAACAUUCUUAGACCCUGGUACAUGUUGCUGGAUUACCUCUUUUUAAAAAAAAAAAAGAAAAAAAAAAGAAAAACUAGAAAAACCUCUUCCUCCACUGCUGGAGCUGGCCCUAGGGAUGUUUGGAGCUGGGUUAGGCAGGAGGUGUUGAUAACUUCUGUAAAAUACGUUAAUCCACCAUUCUGCUCAUGAAUUUAACAGUUUCUGUCAGUGUCUUCAACUCUGUGCAAGUUACCAAUUUCUUGGCACUUAAAUGAGGAGUGAGAAGCUGCAAAGACUUCUCUGUGGCAACACUGAGGGAGCUGGGCAGCACCCAGGGGCUCGUUCAGAAUAAAGGUCAAUGCCUUGUUCUCACCAAGGGACCAAGCUACAUUGCUGUUGGUUCAUUUAGUUGAAUUAAAAUGUUAUUCAGAGAUGUUUAAUGCAUAUUUGACUUAUUUAAUGUAUUUCAUCUCAUGUUUCCUUAUUAUCACAAAAUUGACUUAAUUCUUUGUGGUAUGAAAAGGCACCUGUUCAAAGCCAGUGACAAGAACUAAAAUUUUGCUGCUGUAGUGGUGCAAGAUUCUUCUGCCUCCUGGUGUUUUGGGCACUACACAAUUGUUGGGAGUUUUGAUCAUCUGAGUAUUGGAGAAACAGUGGUCAGGAAACAGUUUUUGUAUGUAAAUAAGUCUAUUUAGGGGAGAAACAAAAAUAUCAGUAGUAAACUAGUCCUAUGCCGUAAAAAGACCAAUCUUGUUUGACUAUGUAGCAUCUAAAAAAAAAAAAAAAAGAAAAAAAGAAAGAAAAGAAGAAUUAAAUAAAUCCCCCAAAUUAAUGUUUCCUUUGUUACUUUUGUCCUGUUCUCACAGUUUUAGAGGUGGGAAGGAAACAAUGUUCUCUUGUCAGCUUUGUUCAUGGCAUAAGGAAACUUGCAGUCUGAUUUCAGGGUGAAUUUCUUUUUUUUCCAGACUAAUUUUAAUAUCAAACCAAACCAUCCCAUCGUGAGCCUGACGCACAAAAGUUGUUCAGAGUAACCAUGCUGAGGUACAAGGUAACAUCCCACUUUCCAGGUUAGUUGGGUUCAGGAGUUCAGACACUUGACAGCACUUUUAGAACAAGGGGAUUUUGUUUCUAAGCUUCCUUUUACCACAAGGUGUAUAAACAAACUCAGUAUAUUUUAACAUGAUGGAUUCAGUAGAUUAAAGUCUUUAAGCAGGUAAAUUCACAUCUAUUCUUAAAUGCUAGAUCCAAAAACAUCCAGUGGCAAAAUUUGUUGUAGCAUACUACAAGAUGAAGCCGAGUCUUUUACAAAUGACUUCUGUCAUUCCUUCCCUGCUCCUGGGAUUCUGUGAGAGCCGUGGGGGCUGCAGCCUGUCUGCUGCACUCCUUGACCUUUGUGUUGUCCCACUUGUGUCUCAAGGGCUUCCUCCUCUGCAAGUGCAAAUAAGGGAAAUUUUAUGUAAGGCUUAAUCAGAAAAAUGGGUGGGGGAAAAUCGUGUAAUUGGUGAGUUCAGCAUAUGAACGUGGUUCUGGGAUUUCUAGGGGAGUCAAUAGAAAGGAGAGGUGUAUUUUUAGCAUUUUAAAGUGCUGGUGCCUUGUCUGCUCAGAGAGAAGGGACAGAGCCACUGCAGCCUGGCUGCAAAGGGCAGGGCAGGUGGGAGAUGAGCUGGAAAGGACAAAGCAAGGGACUUUAUAGGACAAAUUGGGCAGAAUUAAUUCAGAAGAAGAUAUUGCCUGGGCAGUAGAAGCUGAAGAAAACUUUCUAAUGAAGCAUUCUUGUCAGAAAGACAAGGUUGUGAGUGAUACUGCAAAAUUAAUUUUCAUGGCUUUGAAGAAUAUAUUUGAGAAAACCUUUGCUAAAGGGAGACUGAGAUAUGAAGUAGAUUUUUUUUAAUGGCUGUAAAUAUCUUGUUCUCUUAUCAGAAUUUCUGAUUCACUUUAAAAACACUAAGAAUUUUUGGAGUCUUUUGUUCUGCUUAAAAACAUCCAAAAAGAGGGUGGUUAAAAAAAAAAAUCACUUGUCUGCAGGAUAAAGGGAGGAGGUUUAAACUGGUCUCCUGUGAGGAUAUCUGGAGUAAUGUUCCAGGCAGGUUUUACACCUGGUGUAAGCUACCACAGCUGCUUUUGCUGGCCCGGGGCAAAGCCAACAGCAGCUCUGUCCUCCCCCAGUGCUCAGCAGGGACUUCUUGGUGACCUGUGCCAGCCUGGAACUGUAAAUCGUUCAUGAGCAAAGUUGUUCCUGGUGUUUGCGCUCCGGGAUCAUGAAGAGGUCCCAGAAAACCUCUUCAUUCUUUUCCAGGCCCUUCAAACACUGAGCAAGGAGACCAAGAGAGGAUUUCAGUGUUGGUAACAUCUGUAACUUGCAGCUGGGCUGACCCCCACCAUCAGUCCUAAACAAGACUCUUAAAUUAACUGUGUGUAUUUUGGAAUUUAACAAAAUCCUGAGGUUUUCCCUCACCAUUUUUGACAAGAGCCUGAACACAGUAGCCCUGAAUUGUCUGGGUAAUGCUUUGCUUUGCUGAGCUUAAAAUAAAGUCACUGAUCGAGGGAAUUUUCACUCCCUGUUUGACCAAACCCUUCUUUCAUAGGCAGUAGAGAGAAAUCUUAAAGAUUUUCUUUUCUUCCACAGUUCUAAAAGGCCAGUUUGUAGAUAGAGUGCAAAUAUAGAUCAGAUGGAUAUUCUAAAGCCACAUGGCUCUUUUUGUAAGUUGUUCCUUUAAUGGCAACAGAAGAGCAAAUGUUCUCAUGAAGUAUUCACAGAAAGUGAAUUAUUCUGAAGGACAUUGUAUAUCUUAGGAAGUUGUGCACAAAAUGUAGAGUUUCUAAAUAAAAUAAUUGUCUGGGGUCCUUACACAACAUCAGAUAUUAGAAACCUGUGAUUGAUUCAUGGUAGUAGAAAUCAAGUUACUGCUAAUCUAAUUAUUGUCCUUGCUGUUACUUUAAGAUGACCACUUGCACAUUUAUUGUUGAUUUUUGUAACACCCCAUAGAAGCUGCUUGGUGCACUCUGGGAGAAUUUGGGAUAAACAGAUACCUGAAAUAUCUUGAAGCCUAGUGCUGGGAAAGGAAUGGAAAAUGGUUUCUUCUAUUUUUAUGUAGUUCUCCACAUCUUAAAGCAAAUACUCAGUGCAUGAAUGAUCAUAAUUGUUGUUGUGCAUUGGCAGUUGUCAGCUGGGAAUGCACAGCUGGAACAGCUGCAUGUGCAAGCCAGGACCAGCUCAGGUUACUGGGGAGUAGCCUGGGGGCUGAAGAGCAAGAUCAUGUCAUGUUAUGUUGAGGAGGAUUGAUGUACCAUAAUGUCAUUUUCUAAAAAUACAGGAUUGUAAAGCUCAAUGGUGGUGUUACUUUUUCCUCCUGAAAUGCUGUUAGCGGGGUAAAGUUGGAACUUCACUUUGCAAUUCACUAGAAUUUCUUUUCAUCAAUAAACUAUGAAGGGUUUGUAUCUGCUGCACAUGUGAACUUGCAAUUCUUGUCAGCAAUUUUACAUUGUGGUAUGCACAAGGAAUGGAUCAUUUAUGUCUUGGCAUACUUGAUGUUGCACUGCCCAGUGGAAGAAAACUGUCAUCCCUUUUCUUCAGAAAAUGGCACUUCUGUCUCUUCAGUGAAAUGUCCUUAAUUUUCAGGCACGGUAGUGGCUUCACUGUAGUGCUCUUAAGUUUGAAACUAUAUUUCUCUUGCCCUAUGUGAUGUCCUGAAAUUCCACAUCCUGAGUUCUGUUUUCUAUAUAAAGUAAGUGAGGAAAAAAGUGCAACCAAAAAUCCCUCUGUUUGAAAUUAAAGCCCCUGUAAAAAAACACUCUGAGGCUCGUGUUUGUUGUGGCUGGGUCACAGCUGCACUGGUGCUGCAUUGGUGCUGCACAGAGCCUGGAGAGCCACUGUGCCAUGGUUUGGGAAUGGGGAGGUAUCCCUGGCCCAAGUCCUCAAAUGAGCAAGUUGAGAAGUGGCAGGUGAUGAGUGAAAUUCAGUUUAUGUGUUUGGGAUUUUGAGAAGAUCAGCUUCACAGAACAGAGUAAUUGUGUUUCCACUGCUCAAAUCUGCUGAACUAUAAAAAUUGGUUGAUUAAUGGGUUGGGGUUUUUUACUGAAUAAAUGAAGACUAUUUUUAAAAUAACACAAGUGAGAGCCAGCUAGGAAUCUUGCACGUGGUGCUCCAGUGAGCACGCACCUGCACGCUUGCCGAGUGACUGUGUGCCUGUCACUCUGCCAUUUCCUGUGGCUUCAGUUCCUGUUCAAGAACUAAUUUCACAUUUGUACUUGAAGAGUAGAACUUCAAAACCUUUACUGAACUUCCACAUAGAUCUCUUUGCCUCCCAGUCCAGGCCUGAGCUUGUCCUGAAGCCUCUGCAGAGUGAAAAGUACAAAAGGGACGCAGGGUCUGUGAGCACAGAAAUGAGGUUGCUUUUCCUUGGAGUAAACUUGAACUUUGGAUCUUUCCUCCUGUGAUCUGUCAUUAGAAAAUGGCCUUUUCCAGAGAGGAAAACAAAAGAAGUUAAGAAAACAAAUGAAUUAAGAAGAAUUAAUUGAAGCUGUGUAUUACAAGUUGACAUUAUACAUCUGGCAUUUCUGUUUAUGUUUCUGCAUUGGUACAUUUCAUUCUGAUUUAAUAAGUUCCUAAUUUUGUGGGAUUUUUUUUCAAGAUUCUGAAGUGCCUAUGAAGAACAGCCCAUAGUAAAGUAUUGUUCCCAGUUUAGCUGUACUUCAUUUUUUUAAUCAAAUCUUUUUCUUUAGUGGAUAAACUCACAAGAUUAGAAAAGCCUCUUGAACUCCCUCAUGUUUAGUUUGGCAAAUGUCCCACACACAAUUACCCACAGAGAGCUACUUUUAAAAGACCGUUAUUGGGGCUGUACAAAGUCAAGCACUCAGGAGGUAGGAAAUGGCAGAACCAGGUUUGUGCUCCAUGAGUUUGGGGAGUACAUUGCAGUGUCUGAUCAUUUCAUGAUCAAAAAUUGAGCUGACACUGCUCAGAAAUUGUCCAAAACUGCCCAGCCUUAUGAGCCUGGACUUGGAGAACCCCAAUUUCUCUCAAGUUACAUAUAAAUAGGUUUUUAAAAGUUGAACUUCCAGCGUGGCACUGUGGUGUUGGGUGUAACCCGUGUGUGUGCUGGGGGAAUUCUUUGUGUUCUGUGUGUGGAUCCCCGUUCUUGACCUGAGCUCCUGGCGUGGUGGGGAGGAACUCGAAGCUGAAACAGCAAUUUCUGUUUCCACAUUUCACUGGGAGGCCACACACAAGUGUGAUUGGAGCCAGGAAUCUCUGCCUCGGUGAGAGCCCAGAGGAGCAUUUCUGUGGGGGCUGGAGGCUCUGUUGCCCAAUCUCCCUCCUGCUCUGUUCUGCCUGAGCUGUCAGAUCUCACUCCAUUCCCUCCCUCAGCGCUUUGGUCCAGGCCAAGUCAUCCUUGUUCCUUCCCUGCUCCUUGGCAAGGAAAGCCUUGUUCAGCCGAGCAUCUUUCAAUGGCUUUUCUUCCCUGCUGCCUCUUUUCCAUCUGGGUCUCUUUCUUCCAUCACCCUUCCAGGCUUGCUCUUCCCUCCUGCCUGUCCCAGCCGCUGGCCCAGGGAGCCUGGGCUGCCUGGCAGGGCUGUGCCUUGGCAUGGAGAUCUGAGUGCUCCUGGAUGCCUUUCCCCAUCCCACACAGCCACUCACCUCCUGCUUCCUCUUUGUUUCUCGUCCUCUUCACUCUUCACGGAGUUUGGAGCAGCAAGCCUUGUCACCCAUCUCCUUUCUGUCUCCUGCUUCCUCCUGCUGCUCCAGUGCAGUGGAUUUAUUUAGUGUGGGACACACUUUUAUAUUCCAUGUGGAUUGUUUCUCAAACAAAGCAGUAGCACAAUGAUGUUUUUUUGUUUCAUUUUAUCUGGGAAAUCUAGAAUGCAUAAAUUUGAACAGGGAGUCAUGAAGGUGGUUAAUUGGAAAAAGAAGUUGCUGUUAAUUGAGCUGUGUGUCAGACCCAGGACUUUUUGUCUGGCAGACUUGGCUCACGCUUUAAAUUUCUGCACCUGCUAAAGAAGCAGAAAAUUGGAAAGGCAGCUUGUCUGAGGAGAUCGUGAUAUUAAAGAAGGUACCGAAGGCUCAGUCACAGUGCAGGAAGCCAGAAAAUUGUUUAAGAGACUUGGAAAAUUAGUUUAUUUUUGCUUUUUGGAGUGGUUAAAAAUAAUUAAUCUUUUAAAAAAUUAUUCUAAGAGAAGUGAACAUGGAAGAGUUUACUAAGAUACAUGUGCCUGUUACCAUCAACUUCCAGCACAUGCUGGUUUGGGUUUUCUACACAGGGACAGUAAAAACAUAUUUAUUUGUUUUGUGGUAGAAAGGAAUUCAAUAGUCAGGAUUAAAGCUCCUGGUCUGUAUCCUAGACCUGCUUUUCUGAAGCACUGUUAGACAUGAAGGAUGAAAUUAUUUGGUUUAUCUUGUUUAUGCCAGAUAAAGAUAAAUGAAUGUCAGAAAUGAGGUUGGGAUCCUGAUUGCAGUGGAGCUCAGAAAACAGCCAUGUGAGCUGCUAAUAAAUGUAAUUGGUGCUUCAAAAGGGCAUAGCUGAGUGAAUUUCAUAUCAGAUCUGGGAGUGGGGAGGAAAUUAGAUGAAAAACUGAAGUAGAAUUGACAGUUUUCUAACUGAAAGGUAUUAAAUGGCCAAAAACACAAUAAUUUUGCAAUUGAGAAGGGGGACAACUUUGGCUAACUGCCCAUCCUACUUCAGUGAUGAAAUGAGGGGAAAAACUAGAUGGAAAGUAAUACAAAACAAAUCAGAAAAAGGGAAGCAGACAGCAAUCCAUUCAAAAUGGGAGUUAGGAAAUGUAGAAAAUAAAGCACAACCCAGAGCAAAAGCAAAAUGUGGGUUGGGGUGCUUGGAGAGGGUGAUGAGGAGCUGAAGUUCAGAGGAAAUAUGCAAUAGAAUCAGAACUGUUAAGGAAUAGAUGCAGGAGGCAAAAUCUAAGGAUGAUGUAAGAGAGCUGGAAAUGUGAUGUCAUUCCUUAGCAAUGCUCAGGAUUAAAAAUUAACAGUUUUUAAUUCAGGAGGCCCAGAAACCUUGAUCAGUGUUUGCAAAGGAGGAGUCUGGGGCAAUGUCUGAGCUGCUGCCGGGGGUGGACAGUGGGUCAGGACAGUGGGACACCGUGGAAAGGGCUGGAAAAGGAGAUGGAUGUUCCUGACAGGGCUUGUUUUAAAUCCUCUUCAUUCAGUAUUUUGGGUUUCAGUUCUCUUUGGGAUCAGAGUGAGCUGGGUCUGUCAGGGCCCUGCAGAGCUCUGUUCCCUGACAAUCACACACGGCUGCAGCUCAAAGAGAACCACCAUGAAAUGGGGAUGCCCAAAGAAGGGUUCUGCAGGUACCUGGCAGAUUCAGUGGUUCCAGAUCACUGAGGAGCAGAUAGACAAACUCACUGCUGAUAAAACAUUACAGAAAUAUCCAUAGCCAGGACCAGAAUGAAUAACAGCUCCAUGUACAUUCCCAGUGCAGUCCCAGGGUAAAAGCCUAAUGAAUACGAAUGUGUUCUUAUUUUUAAUUACUGUUAGCUGUAAGUGAUUAUCCUUCUUUAUGUCUCAGCUGGGAGAGUUGGGAAUUUUGGAUGCAAUUUGGAUAUUUACAUUCUACAAGAGAAGCUGAGUAAUUGGAAUGGAUGCAAAAAAUAUGAUUCAGAAAUUACUGGUGGAGUGUGAAAAUGCCUUAGAGAGGGUGAGAGAAAACUCAGUUGGCUGAGUUUUUCUACCAGAACUGAGACUGUCUUGAUUCCAGUGCACUAGUACCUUCACAGGCAGAAAAUACUGCACACUGCAGCUCUCUGAUCUUAAAAAGCAACACAAGAAUCACCAACUGGCAGUCAAAGCCAGGCAAAUUCGAAUUGGAAAAAGGCACAAAUUCUUAAGAGAGAAUAACUGUGUAAUUUAGGAAUGUGUCUUCAAAAACUGUGAACAGAACAAUAAAAGUUAUGAUAUUUAUGCAAA